AUGGCUUCGCGCCUCGCGUGGGGGGUCCUUUGCGCCUGCGCGCUCGCCGAGGACGCGCGGCCGCCGCCGGACGACCCGUCGCGGCGGCGGCCCGACCGCAACGGCGCCUGCGCCGCCCCGGGCACCUGCACGCCGCCCGCGGGCUACGCCCACGCGCGCGUCGCGCCCGUGUCGCCGCGGCGCCAGUGGGUCGACGCCGAGGGCGUCUUCGGCGGCGCGUCGGCGAUCCAGGCCAUCGCGCUCUCCUACGGCGUCUACGUGUCCCAGGGCGUCGCGCGGCGGGCCGCGGCCGACGGCGGCGGCCACGGGAGCCCCAAACUCGGCUACGAGAUCCUGCACACGAACGUCGCGGGCGCGCUCGACAAGUUAAGGUUUCAAUACGAGGUGUAUGAUGGUCCUACCUACCCCCAGUGGCGGUCCUACCUCCUCUGGCUCAAGCGGCGCCUCGCCGCCGGCGCGCCCGUGCUGUGGUUCCCGAUGCGCGCGGGCGGCGAGCACGACGCCUACGGCCUCGCGAACGCGACCUACGACGUCGUCCAGCCCGUUUUCGGUAUCUAUUCCCAGUACCCCCUGGCCGACGCGUCGGAGGUCUUCGACGACGACGUGCUCGCGCACGGCUCGGGCAAGGGCAGGACAAGAGAGCGAAAUUCCCAACUUCAAAGGCUCCUUUCUCGGCCGUUUUCCACUCGCUCGGGCAAGGCGCCCGACGGGUCCGCGAACCUCGGCUACUACCGCCGCUUCGACACGCUCGUGGACACCCUCUACCUGCGGGGCAACUGCUCCAAAGCCGACGACAAGCGCGGCGAGGCCUACCCCUGCCUCGACGUCGCCUACGACUUCGGCGUGGCGAUCUCGGGCAACGCCGCGGGCCCGUCGCUGCCCGUGUCCCUCGCGCUGGACAAGGACUACGAGCCGGACACGGACGUCGGCGACGUCGCGGCGCUGGAGCUCAGCGCGACGGUGACCGUGCGCGACGUGCGCCUCAACGGCCGCUACGUCCUCUUCCGCUUCGACAAGGGCAACUCCGCGGUGCCGUCGCAGUCGAAGGACUACUUCGACGCCGCGGACUGGGCGCUGUCCUUCGCCGUCGCGGGGCCCAACGGCACGAACGCGACGGUGGCCUACGCGUGGGAGGAUCCCCACAAGAUCCUCUCGAACACGACCGUCGCCUACCGCUGCGUACCGGACACCCGGAAGCACGCCGCGCCGGGCCUCGCGCGGCUCUGA